CCAUGAUCGGAAGAAGGGUGGUCAGUGCACGUCGCACAUCUAGAACAGUGCAAGGCAAUCGGCGAGUUUGUCAUGAACAAUUGUUUCAGUAACCUGCAAAAACCUAUGUUCCGGGUGCCUCGCGUUGAACAAAGUCGGGGCCCUCGAACGCAGCAAGGAGUUCGGGAGUCACCCGCUCUCUAUGGCUCCACUAGGUACGGGGCCAAACCGAUGGCCCGUCCCAUUGUAGCCGCGCCCUAUUAUAUACACGCGCGCUACUACUCUCCCACGCCGGUGGCGCAGGUCGCACUGGGGCCUCUCGCAUCUGUGCUCCGCACCCAGAUUCCAACAUUUCGGACACUUAAAACUCAUGGUCUCUUGCGAGAACGUCUAGUCUGAUGUCAGCUUCCAGGUCCUUUGCAGUCUUACAU